CAUGGAAUCUGCUGUUGAGUUCCACAUGGGAUUUAAACUGUUGGGCCCUGAAACUUUAUUCAGCAGUUUGAAACAAUUCCACAGCUUUGCUCAUUCACUCUCCCACUUGGGACUAAUGCACAGGGAUGAAUACCUAUUGAGGAAAACCACAAGGACUUCAACCAGAUACUAAGGGAAAAAGUUUCGUUCCACAGUCAUCAGGUCAGUCACUCCUAACUUCAGUCACCUUGUGUCUGCUGAAAUGAAGACUGUGCACUCUACAUUUCUCCUGCUACUCUUCGUGCCUCUGACACAGCAAACACCACAGACGCAGCUGGAUUCACAUGUUAACUAUGAGUAUGCAACAGACAAUUCUGAAGAAGCCAAAUUUAGCCAGGAUUAUGAAGAUAAAUACCUGGAUGGGAAAAGUAUUAAGGAAAAAGAAACUAUGAUAAUUCCUGAUGAGAAAAGUCUUCAGUUACAAAAAGAUGAAGUUAUACCAUCAUUACCCACCAAGAAAGAAAAUGAUGAAAUGCCCACAUGCCUAUUGUGUGUCUGCUUAAGUGGCUCUGUCUACUGUGAAGAAGUUGACAUUGAUGCUGUACCACCAUUGCCAAAGGAAUCAGCUUAUCUUUAUGCACGAUUCAACAAAAUUAAAAAGCUGACUGCCAAGGAUUUUGCAGACAUGCCAAACCUAAGAAGACUUGAUUUUACGGGAAAUUUGAUAGAAGACAUAGAAGAUGGUACUUUUUCAAAACUUUCUCUGUUAGAAGAACUUACACUUGCUGAAAACCAACUACUAAGACUUCCAGUUCUUCCCCCAAAGCUUACUUUACUUAAUGCCAAAUACAACAAAAUCAAGAGUAAAGGAAUUAAAGCAAACACAUUCAAAAAACUGAAUAAACUCUCUUUUCUCUAUUUGGACCAUAACGAUCUGGAAUCUGUGCCUCCUAAUUUACCAGAAAGUCUACGUGUAAUUCACCUUCAGUUUAACAGCAUAUCUUCACUUACAGAUGAUACAUUCUGCAAGGCUAAUGACACGCGUUACAUUCGGGAGCGAAUUGAAGAGAUUCGCCUGGAGGGCAAUCCAAUUGCUCUGGGAAAGCAUCCAAACAGUUUUAUCUGCUUAAAAAGAUUACCCAUAGGGUCAUACUUCUAACUCUUAUCAGUGCAGCUUAUAACCUAAGGUACAUGUGCCUAAUGUCUAAAGGAACAUAAACAUUAGUUUAACAUUAUCUCACUAUGAUGGAAUUUUAUGUUUAAACAAAGAUGUCAAAAAUUGUUAGAUGUGACUACAAAAAUAAUCCAGCCUGAAUCUCUUAGUUCAAAACAAAAUACUGUGAAACUAAACAGCA